AUGGCAUGGGCUUCGUUGGUGGCGCCCAUGCCAGUUCAAACAUUACACGAACAGUAUAUCUGGGAGUCGGGGGCCGGCGGAUCCUUCACCGUUCAGAAGGACACCGAACUCGUGCAUGGCGAAAUCAAGCGAGGAACGAAGAUCAUUUGCUACCUCAAGGAGGACCAGUCGGAGUUCCUGGAGGAGAGGCGCCUGAAGGACUUGGUGAAGAAGCACUCCGAGUUCAUUGGCUUCCCCAUCGAGCUCUACGUGGAGAAGUCCAAGGAGAAGGAGGUGACCGACUCCGAAGAGGAGGAAGAAGAGAAGAAAGAGGACGCCGGGGACGAGCCGAAGAUCGAGGAGGUGGACGAGGAGAAGGAGAAGGAGGAGAAGAAGAAGAAGACGAAGAAAGUGAAGGAGGUGUCGCAUGAGUGGGAGCAACUGAACAAGAACAAGCCUUUGUGGAUGCGCAAGUCGGAAGACGUCACCAACGAGGAGCACGCGAGCUUCUACAAGUCUUUGUCCAACGACUGGGAGGACCACCUUGCAGUGAAGCACUUCAGCGUCGAGGGUCAGCUGGAGUUCCGGGCCCUGCUCUUUGUGCCCCGUCGCGCGCCUUUUGAUCUCUUCGAGACCAAGAAGAAGCGCAACAACAUCAAGCUGUACGUGCGCCGAGUCUUCAUCAUGGACGACUGCGAUGAGCUCAUGCCGGAGUGGCUGAACUUUGUGAAGGGCGUGGUGGAUUCUGAGGAUUUGCCUUUGAACAUCUCCCGUGAGACCCUCCAGCAGAACAAGAUCUUGCGGGUGAUCAAGAAGAAUCUGGUGAAAAAGUGCCUGGAGAUGUUCGCGGAAAUUGCCGAAAAGAAGGAUGAUUACAAGAAGUUCUACGAGCAGUUUGGCAAGUGCCUGAAGCUGGGCGUGCACGAGGACUCAACGAACCGCACCAAGGUCGCGGAGCUCUUGCGAUUCCACACCUCCAAGUCGGGCGACGAGCAGAUCAGCCUGAAGGAGUAUGUGGACCGCAUGAAGGAGGGCCAGAACGACAUCUACUACAUCACUGGCGAGAGCAUCCAGGCUGUGUCUUCGUCGCCCUUCUUGGAGACCCUGCGCAAGAAGGGCAUCGAGGUGAUCUACAUGACAGACCCCGUGGAUGAGUACUGUGUGCAGCAGCUGAAGGAGUUCGACGGCAAGAAGCUGAAGAGCAUCACCAAGGAAGGUCUGGACAUCGAUGACGAGGAUGAGAAGAAGAAGCUGGAGGAGCUGAAAGCGGAGUUUGAGCCGCUGACCAAGCUGAUGAAGGAGGUGCUGGGUGACAAAGUUGAGAAGGUCAUGGUGAGCUCGCGCAUGGCUGACUCCCCUUGCGUGCUGACCACCUCUGAGUACGGCUGGUCUGCUAACAUGGAGCGUAUCAUGAAGGCGCAAGCCCUUCGUGACAAUUCCAUGACUUCUUACAUGGUCUCCAAGAAGACCAUGGAAGUGAACCCAAAGCACUCCAUCAUGUAG